AUUUAUAGAUCGACGUAACGGAAUUUUUGCGCAUGAGUAGAAAGAGUAAACAAUGACUUAAUUCUAAUUCAACAACAUAGCCUAUAAAUUAUACGAACAGUAAACAAACUUUGUGUUUAUUUAUUUAUACUUAUACUAUUAUUUAUUAUAAUAUUUAUCUGUUUUGUGUGUUACAUGGAUUAGGAAAUAAACGAAAGUAUGCUCUUGGUGCCGCCUGCCGUGGGAUUUCCAACUAUUUUGUUUCAUUUCCUGGUCUUUAAAUGUUUAUUGGAUUUACCUAUCGUAUAAUAUGUGUGGAUAACCACGAAUUAGGCUAAUAAACAACUCAUAUUUAUCUGAAAUAUUGAAAUGACUCUAUGAUAUAUUUUUAUUAAAUUAAUAACUUAACAUCCAUUGUAUUAACAAAUAAUUAACAAAAUUCGAAUAUGUUGACAAUCAACUUUUUACAAAACACAAGGAAUGAGGGGGCGGGGCGGGUCCACUUUGAGUGACAGAACAAAAUUCUGCCUUAUGAUUGGCCAGACGGAAGAAACGCACUGUAAAAGAUGAAAGUUGGUCAUCUCUUAUGUUACGUUACGUUUCUCUUACGUUCCGUCAGGCGCUUGCGUUCAUCUAUAAACACGAGUACACAAAAUUCGGUGUUGAUCUUUUCCAGUGCGUCUCCGUUGGGUCUACGUCUACGCUACGUCAAACUAUAAAUCCAACUUUAUUCUUAUUCGUCGAAAUACUGGUUGCAUACAUUAAGUGUAGGGAUUCUGUAAGAUUCUGUAGUAGUCAUGUGUCAGCGUCACCUGUCACCUCGCACCCAAUGUUUUUUGUUUUUGUCUGUAAAAGGCUCAAAUGCUCAAACCAUAGAUUUAGAUGGCUCAAACCAACUCAAAUUAUAAAAGGUAAAAAAAAACAACUGUACAUAAUUGUAAAUUUAUUAUUGGGAUACGCAAAGACAAAAUCAAGUGUAAUCAUAUGGAAAUAAAACAAGAAAUUAGUGAAGAAACUUAUAAAAUAAAAAUAGAGUGUAAUGACUUAGAUUAUGUUCUUUUGGAUGGAUUUAAAUCUGAAAUUCAGGAGGAAUGCGAUAGGCAAAGUACACAUGGCACAGAGGAUUAUUUAGACUUGCCCAUAAAAACUGAAAUAGAACAACAUGGAAAUAAACUUAACCCAUUCCAAGAAAAUCAAAAAGGUAAUCUCCAAGAGGGACACAAAAUGGAAAUUACGGAGACAUUAAUUGAAGAUUCAUCUUACGAAGGAAAUGAUAUGAGUAAACACACUGAAGGAAAAACAUUAAAUAAAUACAUGGCAGUUGCGACUGGACAAAGACCUUACAAUUGUGAAAUAUGUUUUAAACAAUUUAGUGAUUCGCUUAAUUUGAAAACACAUUUAAGAGUGCACACUCGAGAAAAACCUCAUAAGUGUGAAAUUUGUUUUAAGCAAUUUAGUCAAGCAGGUAAUUUGGAAAAGCAUAUGAGAACGCAUACAGGAGAAAAACCAUAUAAGUGUGAAAUUUGUUUUAAGCAAUUCAAUCAAGCAGGUAAUUUAAAAACACAUUUGAGAGUGCACACUCGAGUAAAACCUCACAAGUGUGAAAUUUGUUUUCAGCAAUUUAGUCACGGAGCUAGUUUGAAAACACAUUUGAGACUGCACACUGGAGAAAAACCAUAUAAGUGUGAAAUUUGUUUUAAACAAUUUAGUGAUUCAGGUAAUUUGAAAUCACAUUUGAGAGUGCACACUCAAGAGAAACAUCACAAGUGUGAAAUUUGUUUUCAGCAAUUUGGUCAAUCAAGUGAUUUGAACACACAUUUGAGAGUGCACACUGGAGAAAAACCAUACAAGUGUGAAAUUUGUUUUAAACAAUUUAGUAAUUUACGUAAUUUGAAAACACAUCUAAGAGUGCACACUGGAGAAAAACCAUACAAGUGUGAAAUUUGUUUUAAGCAAUUUAGUCAAGCAGGUAGUUUGAAAACACAUUUGAGAGUGCACGCUGGAGAAAGUCCAUAUAAGUGUGAAGUUUGUUUUAAACAGUUUAGCCAAAAAUGUACUUUGGAAACACAUCUGAAAGUGCACACUGGAGAAAAAUCUUACGAGUGUGAAAUUUGUUUUAAGAAAUUUAGUCAAGCAGGUAAUUUGAAAACACAUUUAAAAGUGCAUACUGGAGAAAAGCCUUACAAGUGUGAAAUUUGUUUUAAGCAAUUUAGUGAAGCAGGAAAAUUGAAAAGUCAUAUGAGAAUACACACUGGAGAGAAGCCUUACAAGUGUGAAAUUUGUUUUAAGCAAUUUAGUGAAGCAUGUAAUUUGAAAACACAUUUGAGAGUGCACACUGGAGAAAAAGCUUACAAGUGUAAAAUUUGUUAUAAGCAGCUUAGUGAUACACGUAAAUUGAAAACACAUUUAAGAGGGCACACUCGAAAAAAAUCUCACAAGUGUGAAAUUUGUUUUAAACAGUUUAUUGCUACAAAUGUUUUGAAAAAUCAUUUGAGAACACAUACAGGAGAAAAACCUUAUCAGUGUGAUAUUUGUUUAAGGCAGUUUAAUCAAGCAUCUAAUUUGAAAACACAUUUGAGAGUGCAUACUGGAGAAAAAUCUUCAUCAUCCAGCAUUUUAAAUCCAAAGUUAUAGGCCUUCCCUAAUAAUUUCUUCCAGUUCUGUCGAUCUUGGACUUCCUGCAACCAAUAGGGAACUUGCAUAAAUUUUUAAAUAUUAAAAUAAUAUUAAAAAACAUAAGGUAACAUGAUCUUAAAACGCUUGCAUGCAAAAAAAACCAAAUAUUUAAACCCAUACGGUUAUUACGACGCUUUGAAAAUGCUAUGAAAUUCAAAUUUCUUAGGAGGCGCUUGAACGUCCUUCUAUUGGUCUGACGUCAAAGACCACGGUCAACCGGGCUAGGAGUCGAAAACAACACGAUUAGAGUAUUACGGAAAUUGUGUAUUAUUCUCCUUUUCAUGACCAUUUUUCAGUGCGUCACAAAUUAUAGAAAAAAAGGUAAGUCCGUGAUAAUACACAUUUAUGACAUUUAUUCUAACAUGACAUUUUAGUUAAAUCUGACAGUUGUCACAUUUUAUUUUCAAUUUGGAAUAAAGCAAAUUAAUUGUGUCUAUUGCAUUUAUAAAAUGGUAUUUUCUUUGAUUUGUAUAGUCUUAUAAAUUGUACAGAUUAUAUAGAUAAUAUUAUUAUUUUAUUUAAUAAAUAAUUCUUUUUUGAUUAUGGCGCCGUCUAUCGACAACUAGAAUAACUAGAAUAAAUGUUAUAAAUGUCUGUAAUCAGCGACGUGCGUUUUUUUCUGUCAGAUACAAUUUAAUGUGUUAGAGAGAAAUCGAAAAACUGUUACGCACUGAAAAAUGGUCAUGAAAAGGACUAUACAUUUUAAUCGUAUUUAAUUGGAAAUUACCAGGUAGUAUUUGUAUUCUUAUAUAGUUCUACAAUCAGUUUAUUUAGUUUCAAAAUAAAAUUUAUAAAUCUUUAGAAAUUGCUACUUUCUAAAGGGUUUAAAACGCAUAAGUACUGUUAGUCAUGAGGGUUUUUCAAAACAAAGCGAUUAGGUUAUUCUGGGGAUUGUAAGGGUAAGUUUAAUUUAAUUGAACUGGAGAUUAAAAAUACAAGAUCUUAAAUACAUAUUUACUAAUUAAUGGAACAGAUUUUGCAAAUAUUCUCGAAGCAUUUCUUUCGCUUAUGGCGAAAUCAUCUCCAAGAGAGACAUAAAUGUGUGUCCUGUUAUCUUUUUUAGAGUUAAAAAUAGAUGCAUUGUUUGCGUUUUACAAUAUUUUUCCAUUAACUAAAACGUAUAAAACGAAACGUAUACAAUCUAGGUCUGUAUUGAAACUUCAUCGCUGUACAAUUCAGAGACAAACUUUUAAAUUGUUUUGCUUCCUCUUCUUUCGCAUCUUCACAAGAUACAGAAACACUUUCAUUGUACCAAUAGUCAUCACUACCACUAUAUAUUCAGUAUUAUCUUCAAAUACAGAACUUCCUGGUUCAAUUUUUGCAUCUUCAAAUAUUGUUUCAAGUCUUACAGGUGAAGUUCCUGCAUCCUUAUUAUGUAUUUGCAAUGGUUGCAACCCGACUGUAUUAACACGCCUUUGAAAUAUACACUGAAUACCUUUAUUGAGAUACCGUUUUUGAGGUAAAGCUGGUUGGUUUAAUUCAGGUCCUGAUUGAACUAAGUUUGUGAAAUUAGGAUCACACUGUCUCUUAUCAUCAUUGUCCUCUAGAACAGACUUAGAUGUAGAAGCGACAUCUUCAAGAAGCUAUCGUUUAACCCUUUUAAGGGCUGCUUCCCUCACAGGCUGAAAAAAGCUCGUUUUCUGUCUGGUUGACAAUCAAAUAUGUGCGGGACAAUACCUGACUUAAUUUUGUGACCACUCAUAAUCUUGAAUUAUAUAUAGUUAUCCAUGUCUUGUUCCAACUGCAACCAAUAAAGAAGUUUAAGCAGGCACAUUUCAUGAAACGACAACUAAUAUUUUUUCUUGAAAUAGAAAAUGUCUUAUUAGAUACCUAAUUAGAUAAAUAUUCACUUCGAAAUAAUCCUCACAGACAUAAAGACCUUUGCUACUGUGUGAAAUAUCCUUUUUAUCUCGCAAGCAUGCCUUUAGCCACUUUAAUCGACGUUUUGAUUCUACUAGUAGAGUAAAAAAUUGUUUGUUGGAUGUGGCGACAGUUGUGCUUUGGCAUUCCGGUACUAUAUAGUACUUAUAUAACGCUGCGCAGAUUUGUUUUCAACUUUGAUAAAGUAUAUUAUACACUAAAUACAAUAAUAUUGUUACAAUACAAUACAAUAAUAACACAGUUAUUCGACAAGCAUAACUAAGAAUGGCAGAAUGCAUUAAAUGCAAUAGCUCACCGAACGGGCGAACGAGAACGCAGUGGUUGGUGACGUCAGACCCCAGCUCGCGCUUUUGAAUUUGUUUGAAACGGAAAUUUUGCGCGCGGAACUUUGAUCACUUGUUGUACGUACACCAUUCAUUGUUAAGACGUAAUAUUUUGAAUAUAACAUUUUUAAACAUAAAUUAACAAUUUUAUGCAAAAAUAUUUUUAUGUGCAAGUUCCCUAUUCCCAGCAAUCCUCUUGACGUCGUCUGUCCAUCGUGUAAGUGGUCUACCUCUACUUCUUUUGUCUGCGCGUGGUCUCCACACUGUUAUUUUUUAGGUCCACCUCCCGUCCUUCAUUCCCAUGGCCCAUGGGAUGCAUGGAGAAUCCCUUCGUCUGUCCAUCGCUUAGGUGGUCUACCUCUACUUCUUCUAUUUGCUCGUAGUCUCCACACUGUAAUUUUUUGGGUCCACCUCCUGUCCUUCAUUUACCAUGACCCGCCCAAUGACACUUCAGCCAUGCUAUUCUCUCUAUGACAUCUGUGACGCCUGUCCUGAUUUCCUCGUUUCUAACCCUGUCUCUGAGAGUCAGUAGUGAAUGUUCCAUUUUUGUUUGGGCAAUUCUUAAGUUUGGUUGAUGUGGCCUGGCUUAACGAUAGUGUUUCGUGUUUCGGCGCCGUAAGUCAUGACUGGAAGCAUGAUACUAUAAAUAACGAGAUAGUAUCUUCCCGUAGCUCAGAUACGUUCGAGUUCGCGCAUGAUGACGUAACUGGAGACCGGAAGUUGAAUUUGAAUUCUUGUUAAAAUUAAAUGGGAUUUGUAUGCAUUCUGUGAUGAAAUUAUUCAAUUAGCAACAUAACAUUAAAUUUCAAUGAAUUUGAAAAAAAAUUAGUGUCGAGAUUCCUGUCAAAAUAACUGACAUUAAUAAAAUAUAAAAUACACUUAUCUUACAACCGCGAACAAUUCAAACUAAUCGGACAUUACGAAUUAUUACAAACCACUACGAACUUACCGGUCUCCAGUUACGUCACGACUUCAGGAUGUGCAAUAUAUUAUCUUGUUAUUUAUAGUAUCAUGACUGGAAGCACACAUUGGUCGAACGUCUAUUUUUUCAGAUAGUUUGGCAUGUUGCUCUAGAACAUGUCUGAUAGAGCUCCAUAUGCGGCCCAUGCUAAGGUGAUCCACUCUGUAAUUCGGCAGUUUGAUUGUCCCUGGUAAUUUGGAUCUUAUAAGUAUUUUAUUUAUGGAUCAAUGCUAUUUCGUUGAAGCCGACUUUUGGAUUGUGGCUUUCCAAAAUUUAUAGUAGGGGAGGAAAGUAUGCUAAAUGUGCAGUCACUCGAGCGCUUUGGGGACCUAUUGGGUUGUGAAGAGUUGGUUCUAAAACCAAAAAAAGUUAAGUAAAGUUUUCCAUUUUAGUGGGGACUUUCCAUUUUUAAUUUAAUUUUCCAUUUCCAACAAUCGUUUUUUCCGAUUAUAGCGCCAUUUAUCCAUAAUUCGAAAAAAUGUUUCAAAUAAAAGUUACUUAUUUUUACGUAAGGAAUCCGAAUCUGCAAUAAAAAAUGGGGGCUCAUAUUUAAAAUUUUAAAGCAAUCCCCCACCCCACCUUCAUGAGGGGUCGUGUUUGGUAUCAUUCGAUAGAUUUUUCAAGCAUAUUGAAUAAGUGUAUUUUUCAGUUUUCAUAAAUAAUAAGCAUGCAUUUUUAGUUUUUAGAUCUAUUGUUCAUUUCGCGAAAUAUUCGCUUUUUUCUGGUGAUUUUUUGUGACUCACCCAUUUCCUUACGCCCCCGCCCAAAUCGUGAGAUUUUUGAAAUAUACACUGUUUUGCAUGUACUUAACUUACCUUAUCUUAAUCUGACGAUUUCGAGUUUUUCUAAGGAUAGAUUUUUGAUUUUUUUUUCGGCCCCUCCCCCUUAACGAACGCCCCUGUGUUUAGAGCCAAUAUAUGGUAGAGGUACAUCUACAGGGUACCAGGUUUCUCCCCAUAUGAUAAUCUGACGCGCUCGAGUUACUGCAAAAAUCCCCGCUUGGGCUCCGCUACCAUUAUGUUUAAACCAACUUUCUUACAAUCUGCAUCAAACUCAGUAAGCAUAGUUCUAAUCUCUUUUAAGUUGUCUGUUAUAAGAACUAUGUCGUCUGCGAAUGGUAGGUGGGAGAGCCUUUUGUCGUCAACAUUUAUUCCUUUGGUGUCCCAUUCCAAUUGUUUGAAAGCAUGUUCAAGUAUUGCCGUAAAGAGUUUGGAAGAUAACGUGUCUUCCUGUCUAAUUCCUCUUUUGAUAUGUAUAGAUUUGAUAUCGUUUGUGUAGUCGGACGGUCAUGGUUGCAUUAUUGUAUAUGUUCGCUAUCAGUUUGGAGUACCGAUAAUCUAUACGACUUUCCUCCAACGCUCUCAUUAUGCUGUCAAUUUCUAUCGUAUCAAAUGUUUUGUGAAAGUCUACGAAAGAAAGGACCAAUGGCCGGUUGUAUUCGAUGGAUUUUUCUAUAAUCCCUUUCAUGCAAUGGAUGUGGUCGUUAGUGCCAAAGUUUUUCAUAACACCCGCCUGUUCUCUAAGUUAGUAAAAAUCUAAUUUUGCUUCCAGUUUAUUUGUGAUUAUUAUUGUGAAUAAAUUGUUAGAGGUGGUUUAAUAGGCUUAUGGGUCGCUAAUUCUCGAGCUCUGUUGGAUGGCCCUUUUUGUCUAAUAAGAUGGUAUGUGCACUGUGCCAUCUUGUAGGUGUUUCACUCUGAUGCAAACAUAAGUUAAACAGUAACUGUUCAACUUAUGUUUGCAUAUAAGAAGUUAUAGGAACUGUUCCUUUAUGUUCUUUAAACGUCUGUCUCUUUACGGCCUCUAUAACGAUAUUUUCUUAUCCCGGAGCUAUUUCCCUAUUUCUUUUCAUUUUGGUUGGUUGACUAAUCUUUUUACUGAAUCUUCUAGUGGCUCAUCAUGGUUGUGUUGGCUGUUGUAUAGUUCUGCAUCUCUGUUGGUGAUGAUAUUUCCAUCUCUAUCCUUUAAUUUCGUUAUGUCUUUUUUGUCAUUUGUUAAUUUUCUCCUUAGAACUUUUGAGGCUUUUGUUAUCUUAAUUAUUUGUUGAAUUUGUUCAUUUUUAUAUUUUCGGUUGUCCGUACUAAUAGUUUUUGUAUUCUUUUACUUAUAUCUCUAAGGUCCGCUUGCCAGAGGUGUAACCAGGAUUAUCGUAAGGGGAGGGUUACAACUACUUGAUCGCUUCUGGGGGGUAUGGAAUAGUAAUGGUGUUAGGCGUAUAGAGCUCAAAGUACAUCCAAAUGAGGGGAUUAUAACCCCCAAACCCCCCCUGAUUACGCCUAUGCCGCUUGCCACUAUGUUAAAUUUAGUACUGAAAUUAGUACUAAAAAUAGGGUACCUACAAAUUAGUUGCGCGCGCCGAUUCAGUACUAAACAUGUUCUAAUUUCUUGUACUAAAAAUGAUGAAUGUUAACUAAGGGCCGGUUGUUCGAACGCUAAUCAAAAAUGGAAUCAACUGAUCAUUAUCAAAUAUUUAAUUACUAUCAAAUUAAUUUAUACUUGCUUUAUUACCUACUUAGAAAAUUGAUUACAAUCAACUGAUUGGCGUACCAACAACGGAUUUUGUUAUUUGAUGGUUUUUAAGGGGACUUGAUUAUAAUCAACUCUUGAUUAGCGUUCGAACUACCGGCCCUACAAGUGAGGUUAUGUUACUUAUGUUUAUACUGUUUUCAAAUAUGUGGAGUCAUAAUCAAAUACUUAGAAAGUUUAAUCGAGCUUCAUAAAGCAAAUCUGCACAUAAUUUUAGUUUCUUUUUCAACAUCAUUAUUUACCUCUUUGUGUGUUUACUCUAAUUAAAACAUUAGUUUAUCAUUACAAAAUUGGCAGAGCGCAUGCCUCUCUGCGAAUUCGAAUUAGAUAAGUUGCAAACGCAAACUGACAUUUUUCAUACUAAAUCGACUCGUGCAACUAAUCAAUAUUUUUAGUAGGUACUGAAAUCAGUACUGAAAUUAGCAUAAUGGCAAACGGGUUUCUCACAAGUUCAUGGUGUUCUUUACUUCUAUUACUUUGCAUUUUUCUCCUCUCAUCCAUUAAUGCUUGUGUUUGGGAGUUUGGGGACUUAUUCUUUUGUUAUGUGAUGUCUUUUGGCAGUGUAUCUUUCGGUUAGAAAAGUCUAACAAGUGUGAAAUUUGUUUGAAGCAGUUUUCUCAUUCAGGUUCUUUGAAAACGCAUAUUUGAAAGAGCACAGUGAAGAAAAAUCAGAGAAGUGAAAUUUGUUUUAAGCAGUUUUAUCUCAAAAAUAUUUUGGAAAUACAUUUAAAAGAGCACAGUGCCGAAAAACAAAUGUGACAUUUGUAAGAAAGUAUCUAAUCUAAUGAAAGGCCAAGAUGACACGUCAAGCGGAAACGUAGUUUGUCCGGAAUGAUAACUCCAAGCGCCACCAAAAAGAAAUCUGAACUACCAACAUCUGACAUCAAGAGUGAAAAUAAAGUCAAACGUAGGUAAUUGUCAAAGUUGUGGAUACACUGUCGCAUGGAAAAUUAAUCCAAGGAAACGAUAGAGUUUUUACUAAAAAUACCUAUAGUGUUUAAAAAUGUUUUGUAAAAUUGUACUCAAAAUUAAUUAAAUAAAUAUAUAAUCCGAAA